GUGCCCAGGUUGGCCGCCGGGCCGCUGCCGCCGGAAGGGGACCCUGCUGCCGGCUGAUGUCCGAGCCGCGCCACCGCCCGCGCUUGGAUGUAUCUGGGAAAGCUUCGAGAUCUUUGUCUGAGUCUCAGGGCACAGCCUGCAGGAGGCAUUGGAAGUGGAUUGGUUCCUGGUCAUGCCCGGUGGAAGGAGGGGACCCAGCCGGCAGCAGCUAAGCCGUUCAGCUUUGCCUUCUCUUCAGACGCUGGUUGGUGGGAACUGUGGAAACGGUACUGGUUUGAGAAACAGGAAUGGUAGUGCCAUCAGCCUCUCUGCGCCUCUGAUCACAGCGCUGAUUACUCCGGAGCCUGUACGUCACUGCCGGAUCCCUGAUCUGCCAUUGGAUGGGAGCCUUCUCUUUGAAUUCCUGUUUUUCAUCUACCUACUUGUAGCUCUCUUCAUUCAGUACAUUAACAUCUACAAGACUGUCUGGUGGUACCCAUACAAUCACCCUGCUUCCUGUACCUCACUGAAUUUUCACCUCAUUGACUACCACCUGGCGGCAUUCAUCACAGUGAUGCUAGCACGGAGGCUGGUGUGGGCCCUCAUCUCUGAGGCCUCUCAGGUGGGUGCAACAUCAGUGGUUCACUACAUGGUGCGCCUUGUGCUGCUCACUCUCUGUGGAUGGGUGCUCUGCUGGACUUUGGUCAACCUCUUCCGCAGCCAUUCCGUUCUCAACCUUCUCUUCCUGGGCUACCCGUUUGGUGUCUAUGUUCCUCUAUGCUGCUUCCACCAGGACAGCAGAGCACAGCCCCUGCCUGCAGACUGUGAUUACAUGGUACAAGACCAGAUGGUGGACAAUGGGGCUUCAGCUGUCAGCAGCCUGGUCAAACCCAAAGAUUUCCUCUCGCUUCUGUGGGAGUCCCUGAGAGAACAGUUCAAUAAUCCCACAUCUAUCCCCACCCACAGCUGCCCCCUCUCCCCAGAUCUCAUCCGCAACGAAGUGGAGUGCCUAAAAGCAGACUUCAACCGCAGGAUCAAGGAAGUUCUCUUCAACUCUCUCUUCAGUGCCUACUAUGUGGCAUUCCUGCCACUGUGCUUUGUGAAGAGCACUCAGUACUAUGACAUGCGCUGGUCCUGUGAGCACCUCAUCAUGGUGUGGAUUAACGCCUUUGUCAUGCUCACCACGCAGCUGCUGCCGCCCAAGUACUGUGACCUGCUCCACAGAUCAGCUGCCCACCUCGGCAAGUGGCAGAAACUGGAACAUGGUUCCUACAGCAAUGCUCCACAGCAUAUCUGGUCAGAAAACACAAUAUGGCCACAGGGAGUUCUGGUGCGACGCAGUCGAUGCCUGUACAAAGCAGUUGGGCCUUACAACGUAGCAGUGCCUUCAGAUGUGUCCCACGCCCGCUUUUAUUUCCUUUUCCACCGUCCGUUACGGCUGCUCAACCUGCUGAUUCUCAUCGAAGGCAGUGUGGUCUGCUACCAGCUCUACUCCCUGCUGCGCUCAGAGAAGUGGAACCACACCCUCUCCAUGGCCCUCAUCCUCUUCUGCAAUUACUAUGUCUUAUUUAAGCUCCUCCGGGACCGGAUAGUAUUAGGCAGGGCAUACUCUUACCCUCUUAACAACUAUGGACUUAAGGCACACUAGGCCUGCUAAACGUGUAGUACCCCUUUCCUUCUCUUUCUUUUCCCACAAGGCAGGGAGGGAACUUCCAGGGGAAAAAAAAAAAAACAACCAACCAACCAACCAAAAAAAAUAUUUUCGUACAGUUCUAUUUUUUUUUCCUUGCGGCGUUUAUAAAUAUUUAAAAUAUUUUCUAUUUUGUAUACUAUUGUUUGGGGUUUGGCUUUUUUUUUUUUUUGGUGGGGUGGGAAGGGAGCUGGUGGCAAUUAAAUGUCACUUUAUAAACAAGGUGUUAUUUUAUAUAUAUAUAUAUAUAUAUAUUAAAGAAGAAAAAAAUCGGUGUGUAUAUAUCUAUAGCCAUACAUAUACCCAUGUGAAGCAACAGGA